AUGGCACCCACCAACUCUUCCUCCUGCCUCCUCUUCCUCCUCCUCACCUUCCUCUUCCUCAUUCCUCCCCCCGCCCUCACCCAGGACCCCUCGGUCACCACGGUAACAUCCUCUUCAGAGGGCGGCGAAUCGUUGACCAUCCCGACCGCCGCUCAGUCCAAUCAGACGACGCCCAGCAGCUACGCGGAAGAAAAAACGACUCAAGACUCUCUUCUGGAAACGGGGGUGUCCACUCCUGCCAGUGGGGGGGAGGGGGGGGACGACGAGGACGCCCUCCCCUCAGGUGGGAUGCGUUGCCAAGGUUACUACGACGUGAUGGGCCAAUGGGAUCCGCCGUUCAACUGCAACGCGGGCGUUUUCCUGCACUGUUGCGGCACCUGUUUCUACCGGUUCUGUUGCCAGUUCAGAAAGCAGCGCCUGGACCAGAACAUCUGCUCCAACUACGACACCCCCAUCUGGGCCAACACCGGGAAGCCCGCGGCAACCGUAACCCAGGGGGGAGACGAUCUGGAUCGGGACCGCACGCACCUCAUCGUCUACAUCAUCUGCGGCGUGGUGGCCAUCAUGGUGCUGGUCGGCAUCUUCACCAAACUGGGCCUGGAGAAGAGUCGCGGGGGGAGUUCAGCGGGAGGUGGAGCGGGGGACAUCAACUCCAGGACCCUGACAGACCUGCUGAAGCAGGGGGGUGAGAUGAGCUCGAUGGAAAACGUUGCGUCCAGUUCGCCAAACGGAGGACGAGCCAACGGUGUUUCAACCCGGAUGAAGCGCAGCAGGAGUGAACAGUACCAACUGAAUAACUCGCCGUUUGCUCAGGGGCUUCCACACCAGCACCGCAACCACAGCAGCGUGGGACUCAACAAGUACACCUCCCUCAAAGCAGUGGCUCAAACUGCAUCUCGUAGCUACUACAAGAGCUUCCCUCUCAUGGACUUUUCUCAGCUCCAGCCGGUGCCAAUCCCACCGAAAGAGAAGUCUUACAUCCACCAGACGGAUUCCUCGCACCAAGACCUCCACGCCCCGCUCUCCAUCUCCAUCCCCAGCAGCCACUUGGAGCAUUCCCACCUCCCAAAAUCCACCACGCUUCCUUUUCUUUCCAGCUCGGCCUUCAAAGCCUGGGAACCCACGCGGUGCCAUGUUCAAAGGCAGGCUUCGGCUCGAGUUUACGCCCCAUCUAACCACAUUUCCUCACGUAGACAUGGCUAUUCUACGCGGAGGCAGCAGAGCAUAGAGAACAUGCCGGAUCUCUUCAGCCAGCCCUAUGGAGGCAUGUAUGCGGCGGGACAGGCGCACGUUCAACACCAACCUCAACCUCAACCUCAACCUUCGUAUAACCACCACCACCACCAGAGGCAGAAGAGCUACAGCACCACCGAGGUGACCGUUUAA